GAACAAGUUCCUCUCCAUCAAUGUUAUUAAGAUUCCAGGUAGAAUCCCCCAUCCCCUCACCUGUUGCAUGUUCGCCCGGAGGUAGUUGGUCUACCAACAGAAGAGUCCGUGUCGCCGACUUCUUCAGAUUGGCACGAGUGUUGAACGAUACUUUUAAAAAACUCGUGCCAAGGAUUCUACUGUCGUUCCAAUAAUCCUUACAUUCCUGUGGAUUAUUUUGACAACUUAUUUGUGAAUGUUUUCCGGAUUUAGAGAUGAUGUUAUUAAAAGAAAGUUGAAGUUAUAAAAAAACGUUGAUUUCGAAGAAGAAAAUCUAUUGUGUUAUUGGUAGAUUUGAAUGUUGAAACUCAAAAUGGAGUUAAAUUGUUCGAUUGUUUUCGUGCGUUUAGUGCUUGUUUCAUUUAUUUUGUGUUUUGGAUUUCAUUUUACUUAUUCUCAGGGUAACUCAUUACUACAAUGCCCAGAUGGGUGGUCACAAAAUAGCGAUAAAUGUUAUAGGUUUUUUAAUAUUAGAAGAUCUUGGAAACGAGCAACGGAAAUCUGCCGAAGAUAUGGCAGUGAGUUAUCGUUGGUGGAAAAUUUCUGGCAAAAUAAUUAUACACAAAGUCUUGCUUCAUCUAACUUGAAAGAUAUGGGACAAAAAACCUACUGGUUAGGUUUAAUAACUGUUGAUGAUCUUUCAACAAAUACAUUAGAAUCAGCAAGUGGUUCUUUCAUAUCACUAUAUAUGGGCUUUUGGGCCACAGAUCAACCGAGGCCGCAGGAUGGCAGUUGUGUCCAAGCCAUUGUUGAUUCAUCUUCGCAGUUUUGGAAAUUAACAAUGUGUGAAACCCUUUUACCUUUCAUGUGCCAAAUGGAAGCUUGUCCAACAGUUUUCUGACUUUGAAACUGAGACCAAUUUUGACACUGUUCAAAUAUUAGCUGGAGGUAGAACAGAAGAAUCUGGAGUGAAUUUGGUGACUCUAUCUGGUGUUCAGGAUUUAGCUGUAAAAACUUUCACUACUGCUUCAAAUUUAAUGAUUGUUAAAUUCCGCUCUGAUGCAUCAGUUGAAAAGAAAGGUUUUCGUGCAAGUUGGAAAACUGAACCAAUAAAAUGUGGUGGUGAACUAUUAGCUCUUCCAAAUGCUCAAUUGUUUAAUUCUCCAUUGUAUCCUCAAUCUUAUCCUGGUGGUUUAGAAUGCUUGUACAUCAUAUCUGCUCCUUCUAGCAAGGUUAUUACUCUUGAGAUAUUAGAAUUUGAUUUUGAGCCAGAAAAAGACUUCUUAUUUAUAAGAGAUGGUACUUCUCCAUCAGAUCCUUUAUUAGCCAAAUUAACAGGAACUGCUGAAAAUAAUCCAAAAUUUAUUCUCAGCACAAAAAAUAAAAUCUACAUUUAUUUGCAAACAAGUUAUGGUGAUAGCAGAAAAGGAUUUUCUAUUAGAUUCAGAGCUGGUUGUCAUGUGGAACUUACAUCUAACUCUGGAAAUAUAUCUUCUCCUGCUUUUGGUGUUGUGGAUUAUCCGUCCAAUCAGGAAUGCACUUACAAAAUUGCUCGACCUGGAGGAGGCCCAUUGUCACUCAAAUUCAAUAGAUUCGAAGUUGCAGAAGAUGAUUUUAUUCAGGUGUAUGAUGGAGAAGGCUCUACAGGUGUGAAACUGCAUCCUGGAGAUGGAUUUAGUGGAAAUUCUAGACCCUCUAUUACUUUAACUGCAAGCAGUGGAAAUAUUUUUGUUAAUUUCAAAACAAACCCAAUGCAUACUUCAACUGGGUGGAUGGGAAGCUUCAGUGCAGAUUGUCCUCAGUUAUCUGUUGGAGAAAGAGCUAUCGCAUCAAGCAGAGAAACCACUUUUGGAGCAAGAGUCAUGUAUCUGUGUCCUAUUGGCCAGGAAUUUAGUGCUGGUGGGGACAGAAUACUGGCUGAAUGUAUGCAAGGGGGAGAAUGGAACGUUAGUCGCAUACCUGCAUGUCAAGAGAAAUAUUGUGGCCCUGUUCCUCAAAUUGAUAAUGGAUUUGCUAUUGCUUCCACGAAUGUUACAUAUAGAGGUCAGGCAACUUAUCACUGUUAUGCUGGCUUUGGGUUUUUGGGUGGUCGCCCAACUGAAACUAUUAGGUGUCAAGAAAAUGGUAAAUGGGAAAAACUGCCCAUUUGUCUAGCAUCAUCUUGCCCUGCAUUGCCAGAGACACCAAAUGCUAUUAGAACUAUUUUAAAUGGUGAAGGAAGUAGAUAUGGGACUGUCAUUCGAUUUGAAUGUGAAUCUGGUUAUUUUAGGACUGGAGCACCUGUACUUGUAUGUACUAGUGAUGGACAGUGGUCUUAUGAGCCCCCAGUUUGCAAACGUGUCAGAUGCCCAAUUUUGCCAGAAAUUGACAAUGGUUUUGUUGUGGAUAAAGAUAAGGAAUACUUCUUUGGAGAUGAAGGGAGAGUGCAAUGCUUUAAAGGCUAUAAAUUAGAAGGAAGUCCUACAAUCAAAUGUGGAGCUGACCAGAAUUUCUUAAACAUGUCUGUUUGCAGAGAUAUUGAUGAAUGCUUAUCUUCUUCAUGCGAUGCUGCUUCUACUAAGUGUAAUAAUACAGAUGGAGGAUUUUACUGCAAAUGUAGAAAAGGCUUUGAACCAAACAUGGAAUGCCGACCAGUUGGUGAUUUAGGUGUUGCUAAUGGAAAUAUCCCAGACAGUCGCAUUAAAGCAUCUGGUACUGAAAUCGGCUACAGCAAAAAUGGUGUUCGGCUGGAUAAUCCUCUUGGUUGGUGUGGCAAUAUUCAGAGACCUGGAGAAAAUUGGAUUCAGUUUGAUCUUCGUGCUCCUGUAGUGCUUCGUGGGUUCAGAACGCAAUCUGUUCCUCGGCCAGAUGGUUCUCAAGCAAUACCCAUGGCUGUCCGAAUUCAGUAUAGCGAUGAUCUUACAGAUUUAUUCCGCACAUAUGGAGAUCCUUUUGGCCAGCCCAUUGAUUUCCGUUUAACUCAUAAUGGUGGAUCAGGGUUAUCUAUUGUCAGCCUUCCAAUGCCCAUAGAAGCCCGCUAUGUAAGGAUUCUUAUCAUGGAUUAUGUUGGAGCUCCAUGCAUCAGAGUUGAGCUUAUGGGAUGUACUAGACAAGACUGCCAUGAUGUAAAUGAAUGUCUUGACAAAAAUGGUGGCUGUGAUCAGAGAUGCAUUAAUAAUCCAGGAAGUUAUAACUGCCUCUGCAAUGUUGGCUAUGAGCUUUAUCAGAAAAAUGGAACCAGUGGCUUUAGCAUUCCUGAAAGUGAAACUGGAACUAAAGUUGGAGACACAUACACAAUUAACAAGACUUGUGUUCCUAAGCAGUGUGCAUCAUUUGAAGACAUUGAAAAUGGAAGACUGCUAUCAACUAAAUUAAAAUUCCAUUUUGGUGACAUGGUUAGCUUUCAGUGUGAUUUUGGUUAUGUUUUGAUGGGAAGCUCUGUACUGUUAUGUAAUAGCAACGGGGAAUGGAAUGGAACCACACCAACUUGUAAAUAUGCACAUUGCCCCAUAAUUAGUUCAGAUUCGAAACAAGGACUUGAAAUCUUUUAUUCUGAAGAUGUUGAAAGUAUUCCAUACUUAGAAAAUAUCACUAUCAGUUGUGAGGAGACAGGAAGGCCCAUGCGAUCUACUGCUACAUCUAAUUUUAGACAGUGUGUUUUUGAUCCUCAAGCUGGCAAAUCUAGUUAUUGGCUGUCAGGAGAAGCACCACAGUGCCCCAGAAUUGACUGUGGUGUACCUCCAGAAAGCACUGGAUCAGCAUAUGGCCAACUUCUUGACACACAAUAUCAGUCAAGCUUUUACUUUGGCUGUGAAGAGACAUUUAACGUUGCCGGAAAAUCUAAUUUUAAUGAUAAUGUAGUUAGGUGUAUGGAAGAUGGUACAUGGGAUUUUGGAGACCUCAGAUGUGAAGGUCCUGUUUGUGAAGAUCCUGGAAGGCCUGCAGAUGGUAUGCAAAUGGCAAGUAGUUAUGAACAUAACUCUGAAGUAAUGUUUAGCUGUGAAAGACCAGGAUUUAUUCCUUAUACAACUGAUCCAAUAACUUGCGUAAAAAAUGCUGAAUGCCAAGUAAUCAGACCAUUAGGUUUGACAUCUGGUGAAAUCCCUGAUGCUGCUAUUAAUGCAACUUCUCAGAGAGUUAAUUAUGAAGCAAAGAACAUUCGUCUGAAUAGUGCCACUGGGUGGUGUGCUAAGGAAGAAACAUUUACAUAUGUUACUGUUGAUUUGGGAAGGGUUUACAGAAUCAAAUCUUUAUACGUCAAAGGAGUGGUCACUAAUGACGUCAGUGGCCGACCUACCGAGCUUAGAUUCUUUUACAGAGUUGGGACAACUGAGAACUUCGUUGUUUACUUUCCUAAUUUUAAUUUGUCUGCUCGAGAACCUGGAAACUAUGGAGAGUUAACUCGUAUUGAUUUACCUCUAAGUGUACGAGCUCGCCAAGUUAUACUUGCAAUUGUAUCCUACAAUAAAAAUCCUUGUUUAAAAUUUGAAUUGAUGGGUUGUGAAGACACAGCAGAUCCUGUGGUUUUAGGCUAUAAUAACGGUUAUCCAAUUUGUGUGGAUCAGGAACCACCUCAUUUUAUUAACUGUCCUGACAAACCUAUAGUAGUCGCAAAAUCAGCAAAUGGCUUACAGCUUGUCAACUUCACUGAACCAACUGCAAAUGAUAAUUCUGGUAGACUUGCACGUUUUGAAGUGAAGCCUGCUGGUUUUAAACCACCUCUGAUGGUUUUUAAUGAUAUGGUAGUGCAAUAUUUUGCAUAUGAUUUUGAUGGCAACAUUGCUGUAUGUUCUGUGAAUAUAACUGUGCCUGAUGACACACCACCAUCUUUGUCUUGUCCUCAAUCCUAUGUCAUUGAACUGGUUGAAAAACAAGAAAGUUAUCGAGUAAAUUUCGAAGAAGUGCGGCGAAUGGUAAAUGUGUCUGACAAAUCUGGAGAUGUUAACAUUCAGAUUGCUCCACAAACUGCAUUUAUUGCCCUUGGUGGUUAUCGCAACGUAACUGUCAUGGCUGCAGAUAAAUUUGGAAAUCAGGCUACUUGCCAUUUCCAAGUGUCUGUCCAAGCAGCACCAUGUGUGGACUGGUCACUGGAACCACCAGCUAAUGGAAAUGUUAACUGUGUACCUGAUGAUUCUACUUCAGGCUAUCGAUGUGUAGCUACAUGUAAAGAAGGUUUUAAGUUUACCGAUGGAGCUCCAUUAAAAGAAUAUGAAUGUUCCGCUGGCCAAGCUUGGGUACCUGGUAGCAUUGUACCUGAUUGUGUAUCUGAAGAUACUGAUGAAGCUUCCUACGAUGUUGUGGCACAAAUUGAAUAUCGGGCAGGUGGAGCUGUAUCACCCUCAUGUUUAGAGCAAUAUGUGUCGUAUGUAAGGAAUUUCUACUCCUCAUUGAAUGAAGUUCUAUCUGGUCGCUGUUCUGCAAUUAAUGUGAAAAUGGACAUAUCCUUCCAUAACACAACCGUAAAAACUAUUGCGGAAAAUACUAUUAUAAUGACCUACACAUUAAGAAUAAAACCAGCAGUUAGUCAAACUUUAUUGUACGAUUUAUGUGGAUCUACUUUGGGACUCAUAUUUGAUCUAAGUGUCCCAAGUACUUCAGUUGUUAUAGAGCCUAUUCUCAAUAUUACAUCACAAGCUGUUGGUGGACAAUGUCCUGGUGUAUUGGCUAUUCGAUCUAAUGUAGACAGAGGUUUUACCUGUGGUAUUGGGGAAGUUUUAAAUGCUGAUAAGGAAGGACAAAUACCUAAUUGCUUGCAUUGCCCAGCAGGAACUUAUGCUUCUUUAGAAGGUGGGUGCAUUUUCUGUCCACGUGGUUCCUAUCAAGAUUUGACUCAACAAUCUGAGUGCAAACAGUGCCCAUUAGGAACAUUCACCAGACAGGAAGGAAGCAAGAGCAUCACAGACUGUGUCUCUGUAUGUGGUUAUGGUACAUAUUCUCCUACUGGACUGGUUCCCUGUCUUCAAUGCCCAAGUAAUACUUAUACUGGAGAACCACCAACUGAUGGAUUUAAAGAAUGUUUCAAGUGUCCAGCAAAUUCUUACACUUAUUCUCCUGGAUCGAAAGAGCCAACUGAUUGUAGAGCUCGUUGUCAACCUGGAAUGUAUUCUGAAACUGGGUUAGAACCUUGUGCCAUUUGCCCAGUUGACUUCUACCAACCAAUAGAGGGUGCCACUUCUUGUCUUGAAUGUGCAUCAUCACACACCACAAGUCGUGCAGGAUCAACUAGUCAGAGUGAUUGUGUUCCAUUGAAAUGCAACAGCCAGUCUUGCCAACAUGGUGGACUUUGCCUUGUGCAGCGACAUCAACUUUCUUGUUACUGUCCAGCUGGCUUUAGUGGUCAGUUUUGUGAAACUGAUGUUGAUGAAUGUGCUAGUCAACCAUGCUACAAUGGAGGUUUAUGUGAAGACCAUCCUCAGGGUUAUACUUGUGAUUGUCCUCCUGGCUACUCUGGUUUGCAGUGCCAGAUUGAGACAUCAGACUGUAAUAAUGUGACUUGUCCUGAGAGAGCUAUGUGCCAAAAUAUGCCUGGUCUUGGUAAUUACAAUUGCCUAUGCAGGUCUGGAUAUGAAGGGAAAGAGUGUGAUACAACAGUGAAUCCUUGUACUGCAGAAGAAAGCCCAUGCAACAAUGGAGCAAACUGUGUGCCGUUACUUCAAGGACGAUUCAAAUGUGAAUGCUUACCUGGUUGGACAGGACGUUCUUGUGAUAUAAAUAUAGAUGACUGCGCAGAACAGCCUUGUUUGUUGGAAUCCAAUUGCACAGAUUUGGUUAACGAUUUCCGAUGUGACUGUCCAUCUGGAUUUGCUGGUAAAAGAUGUGAAAGAAAAAUAAACAUGUGUGCUACUGACCCCUGUGUCAAUGGAAUCUGUGUUGAUAGAUUGUUCUUUCAUGAGUGUAUUUGUAGACCAGGCUGGACAGGAACUAACUGCGAGCAAAAUAUUGAUGAGUGCCUCAAUAAUCCUUGCGAAAAUGGUGGGCAAUGUAUCGAUCUCAUUGAUGACUUCAGAUGCAUUUGUGAUGCUGGAUACACUGGAUCGAAAUGUCAACAUGAAGUUGACUCAUGUGAAUCAGACCCUUGCCAGAAUGGUGGUACAUGCAUCGAUCAUUUGGAUGGCUUUUCAUGCUUAUGUCGACCUGGAUUUGUGGGUGUUCAAUGUGAAGCAGAAGUUGAUGAGUGUAUCAGUGGGCCCUGUGAUGCAGCAGGAACUGAAAAAUGUAUGGACUUGGAUAAUGGCUUCAAAUGUCAAUGUAAUCCUGGUUACAUGGGUGAACUAUGUGAGGUCAACAUUAAUGAGUGUUCCUCGGACCCAUGUUUGAAUGGAGGCUCCUGUACUGAUAGCAUUAAUGGAUUCAUAUGUCAGUGCCCAAUGGGAUGGUCAGGUGAUCAAUGUGAAUCUGAUGUUGGUGGUUGUAUGAAAGAACCUUGUUUAAAUAGUGCCAAUUGUAUAGAUCUCUUCCAAGAUUACUUCUGUGUCUGCCCAUCAGGAACUGAUGGUAAGAAAUGCCAAACUAGUCCACAACGAUGCAUAGGUAAUCCUUGCAUGCAUGAGGGUAUGUGCCUGGAUUAUGGAAGUGGACUGAACUGCUCCUGCCCUGCUGAGUACACUGGCAUUGGCUGUGAAUAUGAAUACAACCCUUGUGAGGAUAAUGUUUGUAAGAAUGGUGCUACCUGCACUAAUGUGGCUGAUACAUUCUUCUGCAGUUGUCCUGCAGGAUUUACAGGCAAAUACUGUGAUGAAGACAUAGCCGACUGUGGUCCAAAUUCUUGUCCUACAAUAGCAUCAUGUAUAGACCUGACAAAUGACUUUUAUUGCAAAUGUCCAUUUAAUCUAACUGGAGAAGAUUGCAGAAAAACUGUGAAUAUUGAUUAUGACUUGUACAUAAAUGAUGACAGCCAUUCUUCGAGUGUAGCUUUAGCUGCUCCUUUUGAUUUAAAUACAAACAGUCUCUCAGUUGCAUUGUGGGUUCAAUACAACAGUCCCAACUCGAAAGGAGUAUUUUUCACUCUCUACAGCGUCAACUCUGCUCACUUACCUAUUGGAAAAAGAGUUCUCAUCCAAGCAGAUGAUACUGGAGUUCUUAUAUCAUUAUUCCCAAAUGUUACAAAUGAUAUAUUUUUAAGAUACCUUGAAAAUGUACCUAUAAAUGAUGGGCAGUGGCAUCAUCUUGUCAUUUCAUGGGAUGGAGCAGCGGGCACAAUUAUGAUUAUGAUGGAUACAGCCUUAGCUGGAUUUGUUGAAGGAUACGUUUCUAAUGCCUCUCUUCCAAAAUAUGGAUGGGUUAAUUUAGGAGCACCACUUAAUGAUGAAAAUAAAGCAAUAACUGGAGCUGGAUUCCAUGGCCGAUUGAGUCGUGUCAACAUAUGGGAUCGUACAUUGGAUGUAACAGCUGAAUUGCCAACUCAGUUCCGAGAUUGCAGAAAUGCUCCUGUUUUAUUUCAUGGAUUGCUACUUAGAUGGACUGCUUAUGACAGGGUUGUUGGUAAUGUUGAAAGGCAAAGUCCAGGUAUAUGUGGGGAAAAAGUUUGUCCUGUUGGAUACACGGGUGAUAACUGCCAUAUUUUACAUAAAGACAAGACACCACCUGAAUUACUCUAUUGCCCACCUGACAAAUGGGUCAUCAGUAAUAAAAAGUCAACAUCAAUAUCAUGGGAUGAACCUCGAUUUACUGAUGAUUUGCGAUCAGUCAAAAUAAUGGAAAUGAAUAGGUUGGAAUCUGGUCAAUCACUUUCUCGAGGAGCUCAUGAUUUGACAUACGUAGCAACAGAUGAAUCUGGUAAUACUGAAAAAUGUAGUUUCCGUAUCAACAUAAUGAGUGAGUUCUGCACAAUACCUAUGCCACCUAUUGGAGGUCAACUUGGUUGUGCUGAUUGGGGACCCGGAGGAAACUUUAAAGUUUGCACUAUAACUUGUGACGAGGGACUUGAAUUUUCAGAAAACAUCCCUCGAUUUUAUACAUGUGGAGUAGAAGGUUUCUGGAGACCAACUGAGAAUCCUAACCAGCCAUUUAUAUUCCCCGCCUGUGCCCGUAAGAAACCAGCUCGUCGAAUCUUCCGCAUUGCUAUGGAUUUCCAAUCAUCUGUUAUAUGCUCAGACUCAGGACGUAAAAUUCUUCAUGACAGAAUUAAAGACAGCUUAAGAAAGGUUAACAAUGAUUGGAAUAUUUGCUUGGAUGAUGGUCCCGAUACUAAUUGUGGUGAUAUGAAAGUUAUUGUGAAAUGUAACAAGCAGUCAAGAGGAAAGAGACAAGUUGAAGCCAGUGAUAUUUACACAAUUGAAGUGCAAUUUCCAGCUAAAGAUGAUCCUGUGAAAAAUAAAAACAGUCAAGAGAGGUCAACUGUGCAAGAAGUUGCUGAAAAUGCUAUUCUGCAAAGAUCUGCUUUUGAUGUCCGCAAUAUCCUGCCAAAUGUAAUGCCAGAUUUGACUUCAUUGAGAAUGGUUACUGACUAUGCUUGUCCUCUUGGUGAAGUUGUCAUGGGAUCUAGCUGUGUUGAGUGUUCUGUUGGUACUUAUUAUGAAAAUGCAACUACAGACUGCCAUUCUUGUCCUAUUGGUUUUUACCAAAAUGAAAUGGGAUCCCUUGCCUGUAAACCUUGUCCACUGAUUGAUGGGCGACAAGGUACUACCCAGUCUACUGGAGCUAGAUCUGAUGAUGAAUGUAAAGCACAUUGUUCUGCUGGAAAUUACUAUGAUGAACAAGUUGGAGCCUGUUUGCCUUGUGGUUAUGGAUUCUAUCAACCUGCAGAAGGAACAUUCAACUGUAUACCUUGUGGUGCUGGCCUUACAACGCGCCGUAACCAAGCAGUAUCUAAACUAGAAUGCAGAGAGGAAUGCCUGUCAGGAUAUGAGUUAGAUGAGAAUGGGGAAUGUGUUCCCUGCCAGAGAGGCUAUUUCAGGUCUAGAGGUAUGCCAUCCUGCCAACAAUGUGUUCCUGGAAAAACAACGCCUGAAGUUGCAGCCACCAGUGAACAAGAAUGUUACCUAGCCAUAUGCAAACCAGGCAUGUUUGUUGACCCAUCAACCCAAGAUUGUAUUUUGUGUCCUAAGGGAACGUAUCAAGAUAAGGAAGAUAGGAUGUCAGAUUGUAUUAAAUGUCCCCAAGAUACAACAACAGAAGGAGCUGGGGCUACUUCUCUUGAAGAUUGCUCUAAUCCUUGUUUUGUGAAUGGCAGAGAAAGGAUUUGCCAAUCAAAUGCUGCAUGUGUGUACCAUGAAGAGAUUGAUAAAUUUGCUUGUGAAUGUUUGCCCGCAUAUGUCAUGAAAAAUUCAACUCAAGAAUGCAUUCAUGCAUGUGAAAACUUCUGUGAAAAUGGUGGCACUUGUGAGGUUAGUCCCCACACAUUUAAACCGAGAUGUAUGUGCCCAGCUAACUUUUAUGGUGAUAAUUGCACUGAGAAAUCAGAAUUUGUGUAUGUUGCUAGUGGUAUUGCUGGAGCUGUCAUAGUUAUCAUCAUCUUGGUGCUUCUUGUUUGGAUGAUUUGUGUGAGAUCUACUCGUAAGAAGAAAAUGCAAAAGAUGCCAGAGCCUCAUAUGGACCUCACGGGCUCACAGACUAACUUCUUUUAUGGUGCACCCGCUCCUUAUGCUGAGAGCAUUGCACCUUCUCAUCACAGUACAUAUGCUCAUUAUUUCGAAGAUGAAGAUGACGAAGGAUGGGAAAUGCCAAACUUUUACAAUGAAACCUACAUGCAAGAUGGUUUUCAUGGGAAAACUAAUACAUUAGGUCACAGUAAUGCCAGUAUUUAUGGUACCAAAGAAGAUCUAUAUGAUAGAUUACGUAGACAUCAAUAUCAAGGAAAGAAAGGAGAUUCAGCAAGUGAAAGUGAAGAGCAUCCUCAUUGAAUUAUCAACUGGUGCUGAUUGAUAUAUAGGAUAAAUAUUUUUGUUACGAAACAUGAAAAUUUGAACUAUGUACAGCAUAACCGAAAAGUUUCAAUUAUAGAAUACAAAAUGCACCUUCUAAAAUUGAAACCUUCAUAAAUGUUGUUUGAACUAUAUAACAUGGACUAUUUUUUUACUUUAUUUAAGUAAAUGUGCUCAGUCCAAAAACAAGUGACUAUUGAAUAUCAUUCAAUUCUAAGGACAUAUGUUUAUAAAAAAAGAUGUUGACUUACUUAAUCUGAACAAAUAUUGCUUUCUUUGAUGCCACAUGGACUUUUCAACCGCUUUUUUUUUUAUAUCAUUUUAAAUUAUCUUUGUUGUAUGAGCUAUUGUUUCAAGAAGGAUGUGAAAUAUAUUUAUUGAUUUUUUUUUCAUGUUUAUUUAUUCACAUUUUUUAAAAAUGAUUUACAGUAAGUAGCGAUUACAAAUUUUAAUGUAUGAAAAAUAAUACUAUGUAAUUAAAAUUUAUGUUGUUAAUUGUUAAUAUGUACCUAUGAAAUUUGCAAGUUUUUGUGAAAUUGAUCUCCUUGAAAACAAAUUUAAUAUAUUUGAAGAAAAAAAUACUUUUUUGAAGUAACAUAAUUCAUGUAAUUUGUCAAUGAAGAAAUAGUUAAUGCUUAAAUCAGUUUUUCACUUGUUGUAAACUUAUUGUUGAUAGUAUCUUUUUACAGAAACUAGUAUUAUCUUUUUCAAAAACAAAUUACUAUAUAACCCCUUAAUGGCCACAUUUUUUGCAAGAAACCAGCAAUUAUUAUUUUUUUAUUGAAGAAAACAUAUUUCAAAUCUUGGUUUGGUAAAAAAAAAAUACAAAAAUCAAAAUUUUAAGUUUUAAUUAAGGCAGUAUUUUAUUUAUGAAUUAACAAAUGUUAUAAAUUAUAAUCCUGUGUAAAUGUUAACUAUCAAUAAAACAAUUUCAUUUUUAACUUUCAUAUUGUUAUUUUCAAUUUAUGAUUAUAUCCAGUGUUCAAAAUACCUCCAGUGUGCACAGUUUGCCUUGUUUAGAGCAUUUGAUUUAACUCUUGCAAAUUUUAAGGGGUUACAGAAAUGUUUAGCAUUUUACUAUUUGACGUCAUCAAGACAUAUUUAAUGUUAAGAAAGCUUAUUCUUUAAUACAAACUUCAAACAUUCGAAUUUCAUUCCUAAUACAUAAUUUUGUACUUUAUUUUACUUGUAACAAUAGCUAGAUCAUUUAAUUUAUUGUUAAAUUAAAUUUAAAAUCCAUGCAUUUCAGCAAUUAUUUUUUAUUUGUAAUUAUUCAAUGUGACUUAAGUCAUGUUAUUGCUCAUCCCAGCUCAAGAUUGGAAAUAUAUAAUUUGGUCUUUAGAAUAUAUAUUUUUUAAAAUUAUUUAUCAUUUUAAUUUUCUUGCGUAUUUUAAAUUUUUCUGUUAUUUUAAACAGAUUGAUAUUGUGUAUUUAUUUUGUAAAUAAGAAAUAAAAUGUGUUAUAUUUUUGUAGGUAUUUGCAAGUUGUGAAAUGUGAAUUCUUUCACUAGUCAAGUGAAUUUAGAUGUUCUCCCUUAAUUAACAGUUUUGUUUCUAACUUAACGAAUGUUGUUUCAGCAAUUGCUAAUUUAACAAAUGUUAAUUAUAUUUAAAACUUCUUACAUACUUUGUGAAAGUAAUUCAUAUUCAAUAAUUCAGUUUCAUUCAUUUGUGUAUACUGCCAAGAUAUGGUUGUGUUAUCAAUGCCAUUUUUAAAAUAAUCAUAUAUGUGUACAUGGGAAAGUGUUUUGUUUGGUGUUUCUCUCUUUGUUGCUACUUAAUUUUUAGUUUUCUUUGUUCUGCCAAAUAUAUUAUUUCUAAGUUAAUAUAAACUAAAUAUAAUUUAAAUUUAAAGAUCAUUCUUAUUGAGUUGCUUUAUAAGAGUAUAUAAAGCAUUUCUUAAAUGUAGUAUCACAAUAUUUUUAUUAAUAAUGUCUUAACAUAAGUUAUUUUAAUUGCUAGUUUUCAGUAUAUAAACGAAAUAUUUUUUUAAAAAUUUAAAACUAAAUGCACAAAUUAAUGGUAUUUGUUAUUUUAAAAUAUUAAUGCAAAUAUUUUUAUACAAGUUGAAAAUAAUUUUAAUUCUGCGUUCUAGAAAUUUCUAAAUUAUUCAGGUUAUUCAGAAAAAUGAAGCAAACUUAGUAUAUGGGGUUUAAAAAAGGAUAUACACACAUUACUUGAACUGUAUUUUAAAGUAUUUACAACUAAAAAGUUAUAACAAACAAUUUUCUAUGUGAUUUUAAAAAGACUUUAAUCUAAAGGAUAUUCCAAGCGUUAUGUUUUGUAAAUAAAACAAGCAUUUGAUAUUUCUACUGUUUUAUUUGUAUAAAAUACACAUGUGAGUUUUGAAAGAAAUAUUUUUCAUUUCCUUUUCAGAGGUGUAUUUUGUAUGAUCUACUGUUGUUUUGUUUUUACUGUUUUUUUUAUAUAAAUAAAAUCAUUUUAUGUAUUUUA